AUGACUAUAGUCAGAGGCGGGGAGAAUCCGCGAAAUGCGCUUUCGGAAGGUGCAAGCGAUAUCGACGAGCCACUUCCUGCUCGGCGCUCAACAUCGUUAUCGACGAUGGGCACGAGCAUGUUGAUGCCUCCCGGCGACUAUCGAAAUAGUUUCAACGGGGAAAAUGUACAGCAUCUUGAAUCUGAGAUUGCGAAGAUUGAAGGUGAAUUGGCGCGAAAUGGACAUCUCGAAGAACUCAAUGCAUCGGAUAUACUUGCUGGUAUGCCCACUCAGAAUGGCAUGCCUUUCACAGACCAUGUCAAUCCGAUACCAGAACUCUCCACUCGGGAAGAGAUCAGACAGGAUUCGAUGCUUGUUCCUGUAGCUCAGCAUGCUUUGACAGAUGAGCAGGACCCUGUGAGACAAGAAGUCAUGAAUUGUAAGGAACUACAAGCUCUAGUCUUCGCCAUUCUAGCUCCUGGUCCGGGCAUGACUGGCUUGGUUGCCCGAGUUCGUAUGAGCUUGACACCAUCUACGAGCGUCUUGGCUUCUGCGACGAGUCCAAAAGAGACAAAGAGGAAAUCUUCGUUAAACAUUCGAUCGUCGAACCACGAAAUCAGCUGUGUAAUGCUCAAAAGUAUUCCGAUCAACAUCAUUAAAAGUCUUAUGAAGAAGUAUAUGACCAGAGUGUACCCCAUCUUCCCAGUGUUGCAUGCACCUUCGGUCUGGCAGCAGCUAGAAAACGUUCUUAAAACAUUACAGGCACUACCACCUGGACAUCGAAGCAUUCCACCAUCGUUCGACUUUCUUGUCAUAUACUUGUGCUUGUCGGUCUCGGCGACACUUGGGAGUGCUAAAACAGGCCACGAACAGAAACACAUGAUUUUCUCUGGAUCACUAUUCGAGGAAGGCAUUCAACAUUUCUCGGAGAAAGCAAGGAUACCAUCAGAUCUCGCAGGCAUACAAGUCACUCUACUAGUACUGCAGUACGCUUCUAUCAACCCUCGACAAGCAAACGUCUGGGUUCUUACAGGCACAGUCAUGCGAGCCUCCCUUGAGCUAGGACUCCAUCGAGAACCUCCAGACAAAACAGCCCUUGAUCACCUUACUCUUGAUCUACGUCGGCGAGUUUUCUGGUCAGCUUACUGCUUCGAUAGAUCAAUAUGUUCAGCACUUCAAAGACCCCUAUCAAUUCCUGACGACUCGAUUGAUGCACAGUUUCCCUCCACCUUUGACGACCGAUUCAUUCAUCCCACUGGCAUCGACACUAAUGGCAUCCAGACAAAAGGACCUAUUAUUCAAUGGGUACAGUUCAGACAAUUGCAAUCCAGAAUGACAGAAGUCCACUUCCAAAACAAACCACUCAACCACUCCCAAACAUGGGAUGAUUGGCUAGACGAAAUGGAACGACGACUCCGCCAAUGGUACGACGACUACAACGACGGUCACGAGCUCACCGAAUUCACCCUCAUGCACGGCCUCACCAACCUCCACCGGCCCUCCCCUCGGAUCCCCAUGCCAGGCCCCCGCUCCCUAAUGCUCGCCUUCGAAGCAUCGUGCUCAUCAGCAAAAUCCCUCCGUGAACACAUCCUGACGGGCUUCUACCGCCGCUCCUGGCUAAUCGCCCACCACGUCCUCGAAAACAGCAUGGUCGUCCUCUUCUGCCUCCGCUACGGCUUCGACACCAUCAGCGCCAAAUUCGAUGCCCAGCAGAUCUUCGAAAUGACAAAAGUCUUCACAUCCAACUUCCUCACCCUUGCCAUGCAGGGCUGGGACGAAGUCAGCAACUACGCGGGGAUCUACGAGCGUCUCCUUGGCCCACUGCUCGAAUCAGUCUUCAGCAACAAACCUCCCAGCCUUUCGAGUUUCGGACCAGCUCAAGACGCAGAGCUGACGAGAUUGCUCUACCCGGGCCCCGCACAACUCGAUAAAUUGAGAUUCGGCACUCGUGGCAGCGAUUUGUUCUUGAAUAAUGGUGCGAUGAAUGGGCUAGGUGAUAUGGGUUUACCGCCGUUCGAUGUGGCGAGCUUGAACUGGGAUGAUUUUAGUGUCAGUGACAAUGCUUCCUCGGGACAUGGUCCUGGAAGUAAUAAUGCGGACUACCUGAAUAGCUGGGAUAUUACACAGUCGUUAGAUGCAUUAGCUGAGCACGGCAUAUUCGGGAUGUCGUAG